UUUAUGUGCUUCUUUGGAGUGGAAACACCCGUGGUACAGCACCAGCAACAAGUGCUGGGCAGCAACAUCUGCUCUGGCCGUUCCACUGUGAUGUCACUGUGGUGACUGCGGGUGUCACGGUGAUGUUCAAGCAUCUCCCACCAGAACGCCCAGACAGACCAGCUGGGUCUCACUUGCUGACUGGCAGGACGAAGACUGAGCUGCCCACUGAAAUGGCUUCAGGCGGAAGUUUCAGUGAAGAUGAGACAAAAGAAAUUAAAAGGGAGCCGCUUCCAGCAGAAACUUCACCCGAUGCUGCUCCAGACAAGCCGGUUGAAUCCUCAGAGUCCCCUUCUGCUGAGCCUCCGGGACAGGAUGGAGGAGCAGCUUCUGAUGGUGCUGCAGCAUCAACGGAGGGAGGAAAGGAUUGCCCAGCUUCCACUGAUAACCGUGAGAGCAGACGCGGUAGUUCUUCUGAGGAGCGUGCUGUCAAAACCAAUGUCUUCUCCUUCCUCAGUUUCCCAACGAAACUGUGGUACCUAGUUGAAAGCGACGAGUUUAAGAGCAUUUGCUGGGCUCGCUGUGAAAGCUGCAUUGUGAUCGAUGAGGAAAUGUUUAACGUAGAAGUGCUGGGGAGGACCGGGCCGCAGAAAAUUUUUGAGGCUGACAGUGUGAAGAGUUUCGUUCGUGAACUUAACCUGUACGGAUUCACCAAAAUGAAAUGGACCUUCCCAAGAUCUGCCUCGCUUCCCAAAUUCAUGGCAGAAGAUGCAUUUUCUGCUCAUAGGAAGUUACUCCUCUACCACAACCCCAACUUCAAGAGGUAUUCUCCCCACCUGCUCAUCAACUGCAAUCGCCGUGCCGCCCUGAAGAGGAAAGCCACGGCUGCCCCUGCAACACAGGCGGAUCUGGAUGCAAAUGUCAUGGGCAGUGGGAUCAAGUGCACCCGCAGCAAGUUUGCCAGUGAGCCCAAGCUGAGUGGUGCGGUCGACAUGCUGGAGGGAAGGGAUGCCAUUUAG